GUGAUGCGUAUUGUGGGGUCUGGUGCCCCUUGCACCAAUAAGAGCCCCUCAAUUGCACAUUGCUCGAUUUUCUUGCCUGGCCCGCUGGGCUCCCCGUCUCCCGAAAUCGACCGCACCGAGAGCGACCACAGUCCAGUCAGAAGUCCGCGAGGCACAAGAGCCACCACCAAGCUCUCCAUCAAAAGCCGCAAUCCCACGAUCGACCACCCGACCGACCGGACAGGCCAUACGCCAGCGCGUCACGACAACCCGUCUUCUCGCUCGCAUUCAGCAUACCACAGAUCGCAACAAUGGGUUUCUGGGACGCCGUCACCGACCUCGUCGAGGCCGCCACGCCAUGGGCUACCGUCGAGGCCGAGGCCCCUCCCCCCGAGGACAAGGAGACCAAGGAGGACAGCAAGGACGAGGAGAAGGAAGAGGAUGCCGAGGAAGAGGAGGAGGAGGAGGAUGAGGAUGAUGAUGAGCCCAAGGACCCCAAGGAGGAACUCGAGGAAGCUUGCAAGAACUCGAAGCAGUGCGCUCCUGCGAAGCACCACUUCGACGAGUGCGUCGAGCGCGUCACUGCUCAGGAGGCCGACAGUGAGGCCAAGGAGGACUGCGUUGAGGAGUUCUUCCACCUUGCCCACUGCGCCACCCAAUGCGCCGCCCCCAAGCUGUGGUCCAUCCUCAAAUAAGUGCUCUACUUUCCGCGCAUAUAGCAGUAUCGCCCCGGCCUUUCUGUACUAGGUCUCAGGCAAACUGUGAAUCAGCUUCCUCCUUAUCGAAACAGCAGUCCGACUUCGCCCUAUCAACAUAAAAUCACCAUGUAUAUCAGUAGCAAACGCCAGAAUUUCAACCGUGGUCGGAUGUCUGGGAGAUAAGCUAGAGGCCGGGGACCUUGCGCCACGGGAGAGGCAGACAUUUCGUUUGGUCUCUCUUGUGUCAGAGGACGAGGCAUGGCGGUAUGAUAGGUGGAAGGGGUCUGGGAAGAGACCAAUGGAACGAAAGCAAGGUGUACGGGGGAGGGAUUCUUAUUGGGCGUGGAUACUCGGUUUUCACUACCCGCAUCCCUCGAAGGAGAGAGAGAGAGAAACAAUUGUAUCAUAUUAUACAGCUGCUUGCAUUGCGCAUUGCCCCACGAGAACCGAAUAGACGGAUAAAGUAUG